AUGCCAUCAGACAGAAUGCAUCCCUCUCACACCAGGCUGUUACGGACAGAUAGAGGAUUUGUGCUGAAGGUGCCCAGCUGGCAAAGUGUGUGUGUUCUUUACUCCAUUUUCUGCGUCCUGGUUCUGCCCGAUUUUAGCGAGGGGGCAAAACCUCGCUGUGGAAGAGAACUAAUCGCUGACCUGGAGUUUGUGUGUGGGGACCGUGGAUUUUACAGAGGUAAACCUGGAGGAGCCCGUAGCAGUGGUGCUCGCUUUCGUGGGAAAGGCAUUGUAGAGCAGUGCUGCGUUCGAGGAUGUGACCUCCAGCAUUUGGAGUCAUACUGUGCCAAACCUAAGAGAAGGCGCCGUCACGCCCCUACGUCUCCACAACAGACUGUGGAUGAACAGUUCUGGCUGGUGUUUCAAAGGCGAUACCAUAAGCUUGCUGAGAUGAACAGAAAUGAUGAAGCUACAUCUCAAAGACUCAGAGAGAGGACACUCUACUGGUGGAACUCCAGUGAUUCAGUGUUAUCAAAUUCAAGCACCAAAACACCCAACCGGCCACCUUCUACACAUCAAAAUCAUUCUGCUGUGCAAAUGACACUUCUGCCAGCAUUUAUCACCAACAGUUGA